ACAAGGAUGAGGAUGAACAAAAAAGUUGCGUGUAAAUUUACAUGGUGAAAGUUUCAUCCUUAUUUUCAGCUGAACAACAGAUAAUUUCAUCACUUGUGCUCUGUUCAUCAUCCUCAUCUCAUCAUCAUCAUCUUCUUAAUUAUAAUCUUAAGGAGAGUUCAACUUAUCUAAUUGUUUAUCGUUAAUUGUUUAUCAAGUGAUUAACUACAACUAAUCAAUCUCAAAAUGGAAGCAAUCAAGAAAAAGAUGGCGUCAAUUAAAAUUGACAAGGACAAUGCUAUGGACAGAGCUGAUACCGCUGAGAAUCAAUUGAAAGAUGCUCAGACCAGAGUUGGAAAAGCUGAAGAGGAAAUCCAAGGGCUUGAGAAGCGAUUAAAUCAGAUUCAGGAGGAGCUCGCAAAGGCCACUGCCGAUCUCGCUAAAGCCAAUGAAGAUCUUGAAAGUAAAGAGAAGACCUUACACUCCGCUGAGAAUGAAUUGGCUUCGUUGUCUCGAAAAGUUCAACAACUCGAGGAAACUUUGGAAAACACCGAAGAGAGAACUCGAACUGCUCAAGUUAAAUUCGAACAAGUUUCUCAGGCCGGUGAAGAAAGUGAAAGAUUACGAAAAAUGUUUGAACAUCGUUGUACCGUCGACGAGGAGAGACUUAAAGUAUUGGAAUCUCAACUGAAAGAAGCUCGAAACACCGUUGAAGAGGCUGAUAAGAAGUGCGAUGAGCUCGCCAAAAAAGUCGCCGAGGUUGAAGAUGAUCUAGAACGAGCUGAAGAGCGAGUUCAAACUGGUGAAGUUAAAAUCUUGGAGUUAGAGGAAGAGUUAAAAGUUGUUGGUAACAAUGUGAAGUCAUUGGAAGUCGCUGAAGAAAAGUCUCUUGCCAAACAAGAUGAAUACGAAUCAAGUAUUCGUGUUCUAACAACUCGACUACAAGAGGCUGAAGCUCGAGCUGAGUUCGCUGAAAGAACAGUUCAAAAACUGCUCAAGGAGGUUGACAGAUUAGAAGAUGAAUUGUCUCACGAGAAGGAGAAAUCAAAAUCUCUUACUGAUGAAAUGGAUCAAACUUUUGCUGAAUUAACUGGUUACUAAAUUGUUACGACAAUUUAAAAGUAAAAUCGCUUCUGCUACACAAUUAACUAUUUCCAAAGGAAAACGAAAGUAAUUAAUCAAAUCAAUGAAAUUAAUUUAAAUUCAAUUGUUAAAUUGUCUCAAUCAACAACAAUAAAUUACUUUAUUUCCUUUAA